AUGAAUUAUUUGAGUCUGGAUGACGGCAGUGCCCGCCUUCUGACCGAGCAUGUCAGGUUACCCUCUGAAAACAUGAGCACUUCAGAGAAUGACAGCAUCUUCACCACCAGGGCCCCCUUUUCAACAUUUGUGCCCUCCAUUACACCUUUAGGCUUCAAACCCUUUGAUUCCACCACCAUCUUCCUAGAUUCCCAUGAACUCACCACCAUCCUCCCAGGCUCCAGUGAUUACACCAACAGCACCUUCUCCAGUAAUUACACCAAUCGCAACUUGGGCUACUCUGAUGACACUAAAGCUGGAUUCAUCUCAGAUGUGGUGACGUACAUCAUCAUCUGCAUCGGCCUUCCUCUGACCCUCGUCGCCAUCUACGCUCUCUACUCUGAGGUACGCAAUGACCACGUCGUUCCCAUCUACGUCAUCAACCUUCUGGUCUCUGACCUCAUCCAGCUCUGCUGCAUGAUCUGUGAUGUGAUCUGUGAUGCGGUAAAACCUUGCAGCCUGAUGACAUACAUUAUCUAUAUUAGUAUUUACGACUACAGUAUGAUGACCAGUGUUGGCUUCAUGAUGUGCAUCGCCCUGGAAAGGUACCUGCUGAUCGUCUUCCCCCUGUGGUACCACUGCAGACGAACCAUCCGGUCCACCGUGGUGAUCUGUGCCGUUGCCUGGGCCUUUCCUUCUCUCUACCUUUUCACUUUAUUUUUUGCUGAUAAUCUCAAUGUCCGCCAAAUCUUCGCUGUUGUCUUCCUGCUCCUUCCCCUCCCACUGCUCUUGUUCUUCUGCUGUGCGACUCUCAAAGCCCUGUCUGCCUCCGUCUCCAUCCUGCCUGACGAAAAACGACGAAUUGUAGGAACUUUGGUCGUGGUGCUGCCAGUUCACAUGCUGCUUUUCCUGCCCCACAUCAUUUUGAUACUGGUAGAGGGAUUCAUUAAAGACCAAUCACAAAAUGAAACUCUUGCCUAUGUGUUUUGGUUGUGUGUUGAGCUGAAUCCUCUCGCAGACCUGGUUCUGUAUAUCUUCAUGAAGAAAGGGGCCCUAGACAAGAUCUUGUCCUCUAUGCGUUGCUGCAGAGUGGAAGACAGAGGUCUCAGGAGUCUGGAAAACAACGGUGUGAACUAG